AUGUCAGUCUUGCGUCCCGGACCCCUCCUCCUGCUGCUGUCGGGGACCCUGGCCCUGAGACCAGGACGGAUGAGCUCCCACUCCCUGAGGUAUUUCCACACCGCGGUGUCCCGGCCGGGCCGCGGGGAGCCUGGGUACUUGGAAGUCGGCUACGUGGACGACACGCAGUUCGUGCGGUUCGACAGCGACACCCCGAGUUCGGUGAUGGAGCCGCGGUUGCCGUGGGUGGACCAGGAGGGGCCGGAGUAGUGGGAGCAGCAGACGCAGAACUUCAGGACCCGCACACAAACUCUUCAAGUGAGGCUGAAUGAAUUGCGUGUCCACUACAGCCAGAGCAAGGCCGUGUCUCACACCUUCCAAAGGAUGAUAGGCUGCGACGUGGGGCCUGAUGGGCACUGCCUCCGCCGUUACCUUCGUGAGGCCCACGACCGCGCGGAUUACAUCACCCUGAACCAGGACCUACGCUCCUGGACCAUGGCGGACACCGCGCCGCACAUCACCCGCUGCAAGUGGGAGGCAGCCGGUGAGGCGGAGCGCUACAGGUACUACCUGGAGGGCACGUGCAUGGAGUGGUUCCUCAAGUAUCUGGAGAUGGGGAAGAAGACACUGCUGGAAGCAGAACCCCCAAAGACAUAUGACCCACCAUCCCAUGAGGUCUCCCUGAGGUGCUGGGCCCCGGGCUUCUAUCCUGCGGAGAUCACCCUGACUUGGCAGCGUGAUGGGGAGGCCCACACCCAGGACACAGAGCUUGUGGAGACCAGACCUACAGAAGAUGGGACCUAGAAGUGGGCAGUUGUGGUGGUACCUUCUAGAGAAGAGCAGAGGUACACAUGCCAUGUGCAGCACAAGGGGCUGCUCAAGCCCACCACCUUGAGAUGGAAACCGCCUCCUCAGCCCACCAUCCCCAUCAUGGGCAUUGUUGCUGGCCAGGUUCUCCUUGUGGUCACUGUAGCUGUGGCAGUUGGAGCUGUGAUGUGGAGAAAGAAGCAUUCAGGUGGAAAAGGAGGGUAUUAUAAUAAGGCCCAAUGGUCUCCACCUCCUGGUCCACAUGGCCUUGUGGAAUCUCCUCCCAAUUUGUGUGGGCAAGACCUGGAAUCAUCUUCUAACCAAUAA